GCUAGGCGGCGCAACACGUAAACGUCAACACUCGCUCUCGGUUUGUGCUUCCGUCAAGCCAGGACAUGGCUUUUUGUUCAAUGUGCCGCUAAAAGAAACACUUUCAUCCACUUAAUAUCAGCGCAUUUCUAAAGUUGGUAACAGCAAUGUCGCUGUACGAUGACCUCGGCGUGGGUGCAAGUGACACCAAAACCGAAGGAUGGUCCAAAAACUUUAAGCUGCUGCAGUCUCAGCUGAAGGUGAAAAAGGCGGCUCUGACCCAGGCUAAGACCCAUCGGACGAAGCAGACGACCGUUUUGGCUCCUGUCAUCGACCUGAAGCGAGCAGGCCCUAGUGAAGACAGACAAAUCCCAGACACUCCUCCACAUGUUGCUGCUGGACUCAAGGAGGCUGUGCCCAGCGGCUUCUCGUCCGGAGAUGUGCUUAUUCCUCUCGCCGACGAGUACGACCCCAUGUUUCCCAAUGACUACGAGAAGGUGAUGAAGCGGCACAGGGAGGACAGACAGCGGCAGAGGGAGCAGGAGCGCCAGAAGGAGAUUGAGGACAGAGAAAAGAAAAGGAAAGACCGGCAUGAAGGAGGCGCGCCAAGCGGCUUCUCGAGAUUCCCAGCAGCAGAGGAGGACUCGGAGGAGGAGGAAGACUAUGAGAAGGAGCGGCGGAAACGAAGUAUGGGUGGUGCUGCUAUUGCGCCGCCUUCAUCACUCAUGGACAAAGAUGGCUCAUCGGCAUACCCGUACGAGGACGAAGGUCGUCCUACCAGGGGCUCAAAGGCUGCCAUCCCUCCACCAAUGUUUGAGGACUCGGACCGGCCGCGUUCUCCGCCGGGACCAACCAGUUCCUUCCUGGCUAACAUGGGGGGUACCGUGGCACACAAAAUCAUGCAGAAGUACGGCUUCAAGGAGGGCCAGGGCCUGGGCAAGCACGAGCAGGGCCUGAGCACGGCGCUGUCUGUGGAGAAGACGAGCAAAAGAGGCGGCAAGAUCAUCAUCGGAGAUGCUGCGGAAAAACCAGGGGCCAUACCGCCAGCUGCUCCUGAGACUUCUGGAGGAGCAGCGGACUCCAAGAAGUCUGAUGCUAACCCUCUGACCGAGAUUCUCAAAACCCCCACCAAAGUGGUCCUGCUGAGGAACAUGGUGGGCCGAGGAGAGGUGGACGAGGACCUGGAGGGAGAGACCAAAGAAGAGUGCGAGAAAUACGGCAAAGUGAUUAAAUGCGUCAUCUUCGAGAUUGCCGAAGUACCCGAUGAUGAAGCAGUCAGGAUAUUUCUGGAGUUUGAAAGGGUGGAGUCGGCCAUCAAAGCCGUGGUGGAUCUGAACGGACGUUAUUUCGGCGGGCGUGUCGUCAAUGCCUGCUUCUACAGCCAAGACAAAUUUCGGGUUUUUAACCUGGGCGAGUAGUUAUAAGACCAUUCUUUGUCAUGUACAUAUACUCUUUUUUUCUAUUUUCCUUGUGUGUGUUUUGAGUUACUAUGCAGGUGUUUUUUUUUUUUUUUUUUUUUGUAGUUCUGGGAUGAGAAAUAAUACCUCAUGUCUAAAGAAUAAAGGAUUGAAAUUGAUUUCUGCUUGUUUUCUCAUGCAGAGUCAGUCGUACAGUCUUUCUAAGAAACCUACUUUCCCGCAGUUUGUCCCACAGUUGCGUUAACACAUCUCCAAGGGGCAGAGCAUUUUAACUUCGCCUCUAGCCCAUUAUGUGAAGGAGCCUCAGCCUCAUUCAGGACUUAUGUAAGUGCUCCAGUGAGGGCCUCAGGGGGUUUUGGGUGGCAAGACGUCAGUCAGCAGGAAUCCCUCCGGAGCAGCUUAAUUAUUUCAGAAACAGAUUGGAUGGAGAAAUGAGAAGUAGCCCGUUUUGGAUGCUUUGUUCUUUCAUUCAUUUCAUGUGAAAAUCAAAUUUACUAACCUGAUGGAGAACAUUACCAACCGUUUUCUGUUGAGUACAUCUGAGCUGCCUCACACCUUGAAAAAUGUAUAUACUGUUGUAUCUAUUAUGAAUUAAAAAAAAAUAUAUAUAUA